UCCUGAGACACUCGUGUCGUGACUUGAGAGUUGAGACUUGAGUCAAAUUAUUUCUGGUUGGAUACGGAAUUGGCAAGAAACAAAGUAGAUGGGGUCCACAUGAAGCAUCAUUCACAUGUGAAGCAUCCCCAAACCCCAACAAUUCGCUCUGAGUUCCGAUGUCCAACGCCGACGAAGACAACGGCGAAGCUGAGGGAAGGCUCCGAAUGAGACCUUCAAACAGCAAUAUCUCCGACGACCAAGAACCAUUCAUGGGAAUCAAGGUCCGACGCAAGGCCUCUCUUUUCAGAGAAUACCUCGGUGACUAUAUCGACGUCCCUUCUCACCCUUUUCUCCUCAAGAUUCUGCAGAAACAAGGGGACAAGAGAGUUCUGUUUGCGGAUAAAGUGUUGAGGGUAACUGGUUCAGGGAAGAUGAAACGGUGCGUUUUGAUGAUUACUGAUUUGGCAAUUUACCUUGUUGACCCUGAAAUCGAUGCCCUUAAACGACGGGUAUCGCUUGCGGCAGUUGAGAAGAUUUGUCUGAGUGAGCUGAGUGAUAAUUUUUUCGCAAUUAUUAUUCCUACGGAGUACGAUUUGCUCAUGGCCAGCACUCGAAAGACUGAGAUUGUUACUGUCAUGGUUGAGGCUUCUAAGAAUGCAUCUGAUUUUGAGCUUGAGGUUGCUUUUUCCAAUAGGUUCGAGUAUAAUGCAGCAUCAGAUUUGGUGAAGGAAAUUCAAUUUGAGCAAGUUCAAGGGGGUGUCAAAACAAGAAUUUUGAGGAAGUGAACUGAGGUUCAUAUUUCCACUUUGCGGUCUGUAAUAUAGAUGUACGAUUGAGUGUUGUGCCAUUAGAUAUUUGUGUCACGGUUGAGAUCCACCUUAAUUUUGAUGUGUAAAAGAAUAUAAUGAGUGAAAGGUAUAUGUGAUUGAGUUUUCAACUUGAAACCAUAUUCUGUGUUGUAUUCAUUGUGUUUAUUUUUGUAGCUAAUAUGAUAUGAUGAUUUAUUGUGGAACUUACUUUCCAUUUGAUGAGCUAGUGGUUUUCCCAUAUGUGGAAAACCUCUGUUCCUAGGCAUAAAGCUUGAUGUAGAGAUUCACUCAUAAAGUAGAAUAAUAUUGCUUUAUGAUACAAGAUGUUC